AUGAAGCCUGAGAACCACAGCAGCGUGUCUGAGUUCCUCCUCCUGGGGCUCCCCAUUAAGCCAGGGGAGCAGGGCAUGUUCUUCACCCUGUUCCUGGGCAUGUACCUGACCACGGUGCUGGGCAACCUGCUCAUCAUCCUGCUCAUCAGGCUGGACGCUCGCCUGCACACGCCCAUGUACUUCUUCCUCAGCCACUUGGCUUUCUCUGACAUUUCUCUGUCAUCUGUCACUGUCCCUAAGAUGCUAAUGGAUAUGCACACACGGCAACUACCCAUUACCUAUGUGGGAUGCAUUUCUCAGUUGUAUUUUUUCUUAAUUUUUGUUACUCUUGACAAUUUUCUUCUCGCCAUGAUGGCAUAUGACAGGUAUGUGGCCAUCUGUCACCCUCUACACUAUAACACCAUCAUGAGGGAGGAGUUGUGUGUGCUACUGGUGGCUGGUUCCUGGAUCAUCUCCUGUGGCUGUGCCCUCUUGCACACCAUCCUGAUCACUCAGAUCAUGAGGCCUGAGAACCAGAGCAGCGUGUCUGAGUUCCUCCUCCUGGGGCUCCCCAUCAGGCCAGAGGAGCAGGGCAUGUUCUUCACCCUGUUCCUGGGCAUGUACCUGACCACGGUGCUGGGCAACCUGCUCAUCAUCCUGCUCAUCAGGCUGGACUCCCGCCUCCACACACCCAUGUACUUCUUCCUAAGCCACUUGGCCUUCUCUGACAUUUCUUUGUCAUCUGUCACUGUCCCUAAGAUGCUAAUGGACAUGCAUAAAAGGCAACAAUCUGUCCCCUUUGUAGGAUGCAUUUCUCAAUUGUAUUUUUUCAUACUUUUUGGUUGUCUCGACAGUUUCCUUCUUGCCAUGAUGGCAUAUGACAGGUAUGUGGCCAUCUGUCACUCUCUACACUAUCAUACCAUCAUGAGGGAGGGGCUGUGUACACUGCUGGUGGCUGGUUGCUGGAUCAUCUCCUGUAGCAGUGCCCUCUUGCACACCCUCCUGUUGGUCCGACUGUCCUUCUGUGCCAACAAUGUCAUCACCCACUUCUUCUGUGACCUCAGUGUGCUCCUGAAGCUCAGCUGCUCAGACAUCUCCCUCAAUGAGCUGGUCAUCCUCACUGAGGGAGGAAUGCUUUUAUUCUUGCAUUUGGCUAUUGUUUUGGGCUCGUAUACCCGUAUAGGGACCAUCAUCCUGAGGAGUCCCAGCAGUGGAAUUGCUGGGGAUUGCAAAGCCUUGUCCACCUGUGGCUCCCACCUGUCCAUGGUGUCUCUCUUCUAUGGGGCAAUUUUGGUUCUGUACUUUUCUUACUCAUCAAGCAACUCCACUGACAAGGACAUGAUCAUCCCUCUGAUGUACAUAGUAGUCACCCCUAUGUUAAAUCCCUUCAUCUACAGGCUGAGAAACAGAGAUAUGAAAUUGGCUCUGAGACUGUUUUCAGAAAAAGAGAAAAUAAGUAACACUACUGUGGUGGCCAAAAUCACACUUUAA